UCAAAAGCUCUUUUAUCAUUAAUAAAUAUAAUUUCCUUUUCUCUUUCUCUCAAACUCAUCUUCCCCACCAUCCAAAGUUCAAAAACGUAACCCCGUCUUUUCUCCACAAUUUAUUUAAGAAAACAAUACAUCUUCAUUUCCAUAUAUGGAAGGUGGUGAACUAAGUGAAGGUACUCCAGAAGAAUUAGGUGAAAACAGAUUAAAUUACUCUGGCUAUGGCUUUAUAUUUUCUGUUGGAAUCCUUAUUAUCCUCAUAGUCAUUACCUAUGCUUCUUAUUUGUACAUUCGAAUGCGAUCUCGCAACAAUUCUGCCACAACAAUAACAACAACAACAAUAACGACAGUUGAAAAUGGAAUGAUUCUUAUUCAACAAGGUAUUGACGAAGAUACUAUACGGACCUAUCCAAAGUUAUUAUAUGCACAAGUUAAGGCUCACAAAAUAGGUGACACUGCAUCUUCUUCUGGCUGUUCUAUUUGUUUGGCUGAUUAUAAAGAUAAAGAUAUGCUUAGACUAUUGCCUAAUUGUGGCCAUCUUUUUCAUAUCAUGUGUAUUGACCCUUGGCUUAGGCUUCAUCCCACUUGUCCUAUUUGUAGAAAUUCUCCACUUCCUUCUCCUUUAGUUGAGGUGGUUCCUCUUUGAUAGGUUAUAUGCUAUGCGAAUCUGAAUUAAUCGGAUCAAUGGAAUAGUUAUACAAAAAAGAAAGUGGUUCUCUUGCAACAAGGGAAUUUGAGUCCAUUAGUUACUCCUCAUCAACAAAUUCAAUAAGGUAGAUGGUUUCUUUUCUUUUUCAGUUCUUUCUACUUUUAUUUUUAUAAUAUUUUCGGAUCAUUGAUACGCAUUUCGGAUAAUUUACUUGGUAUCAAACCGCUUUCACCUGUACAAUUAUCGAGAUAACUCCGUCCAUCAAAACUUAAGUAGAUGAAAAGAAACCACCUAGUAUUUUUUUCUUCCUCUGAUGUAAUUUGUUCUUUAUUAUUCUCUUCAUGUUUUUCUUGUCCGGUAAAUACUGCAAAGUACUAUACAGUCUAGGUUACUUCACUUGUACAAAGCAUCCCGCGAUAGUCUAUUCUAAUGCAAGCAUUAGUGUCUGA